AAAUACAAUUCCGAAGGAUCGCUCAAGUAAAUUUCGUUAUUACUUGUGGUUCGCACGCAAAACCAGAGGAAAAAAAUAAAUAAAAAUCCGGAAAAUCAAAAAUAAUCAAAAAAAAAUUCAAUCAAAAAGUGAAGUGAAAUAUCAAAUUAAAAAAAAAUCUUAAAAAAUCAGAAAAAUUUUAAGAAACAAAAAAAAAAUCAAACAAGGACAAUAUUUUUCUAAUCGUACGUGGUCGGCAAUAUACACGUCGUCGUAAGUCCCGUACAAAAUUUUCCGUACAUCUCGAUAGACGGAAACAGAUGUGAAACGAAAACAGUGAUUUUCUCGGUGUGAAAUGAGAAAAAUUCAAGGAAAUGGCACAAAAUUUAAAUUUAUGUGCUCAAUUUUUGGUCAAAUACGGAAAUAAAAAGUAAAAAAAUUCCCCAAAACAUAAAUUAAAGAUAAAUUUUUGUGUGUGUUACAAUCCCUAAGAGUGUUAGAGCUAUACUGAAAAGUACGCGAAAAAAAAAGUAAAUAUUAUUACAUUACAAGAAACGAGAGAACGAGACGAAAAUAAAAUAAAAUACGAUAAAGAUCAAAAGCAUUCCUGCACGUGUCGUUUGUUCGCUGGAAUUUACUCGCAGUGGGCAUCUGAAAUCUAAAAUAAAUAAAAGGAGAGCAAAAAUAAUUUAAAAAAGAAAGUAAAAAAAAAAAUUAAAUAAAAAAAUUGUGAGAUUACAAAAUUUUCCACAAAUGACAGUGGAUUAGUUUUCACCAAAGGAAAUUAUUAUUAAUGAAAAAUGAAGUAAAAAUUUUUCUUUAAAAAAGAAAAAAAAAAAAAAAUUAAAAAAAAGUGAAGCAAAAAAAAAAAUUACAAAGAAAAAGUGGAUACUAAUUAAAUGAACUUCAGUGUCUAAUAAUCGCAUUCGUCAACGAAAAAAAAAAAAAUUUGUCAUCUAAUUAUUAAGAGCCGUCAGGCAUUCCAUUCAAUAGAGAAAAAUACAACAAAUGGAGUAAUCAUGGAUGCAUUAAUGCUAAAACAACAGCAGCAGUUGCCCGAAAACGCAAACUAACAAUAAAAUUCUGCCGAGAAACACCAGAAAUUUAAUCAACAACAACAAAACGGGAACGAGGACGCGCAAAAUGCAAAAUUGUAAAACCGUAUCCGGCAUGGCAGCAAAGAUAAAUGUCGAAAGUGUAUUACACACGAAAUAAUAAUAAUAAUAAUGAAUAAUAGCUAAUCUACUAAUUGGUGCAUAAUUUAUGUAAUUCAAUAUAAAUAUAUAUUUAUACAUAGUGAAGUAACUAAACGGACACAAAUGAGAGCCCAUUUAUUGAAACAAAUAGCGCAACAUCACUCUGCAGCACCGAGUGCAUUCCAUGUGAAAUAAUAUAAUUAUUGUAAUUAUCAUAAGCCAUAAAGGAGUGCGAGGAGUGCUCUUCGAACACGAACCAAUACAAAUCUAUAAAAUAAAAUAAAUAUCAUAACGAGGACACGUGCACAAAGAGCAAAGAGAGAUAAUGGAAACACAACUAUUUUCAGUGAAAUUACUGUCAAUAGAAUUAUUCCUGCUAUUAUUUAUGGUUUGUUUUGUAAAUAAUAUUUGUAGUGGGGUGGCGGUUGUUGGCGGAUCCGCGGGUCAAAGUGUAAUGGGAGGCAUCCAAUCGAGUGCCGCCGGACAAAGUAUCGCUACGACGGGCAAACUUCAACAACAUCCUGUGGAAUUAGCUGCCGUGACAAGUGGAAAGCCCUAUUUCGAUGAUAUCAGUGCGCGCAAUGUGACAACAGUCGUCGAGGAUACAGCAAUAUUAAAAUGUCGUGUCAAAAAUAAAGGGGAUCGAACGGUAUCAUGGAUGCGAAAACGAGACUUACACAUUUUGACAUCGAACAUUUACACGUACACGGGCGACCAGCGUUUCUCGAUUGUCCAUCAGCAGGAUUCCGAUGACUACGAUCUCAAAAUUGAGUAUGCCCAGUUGCGGGAUAGCGGCAUCUACGAGUGCCAGGUGAACACGGAGCCAAAAAUUAAUCUAGCUGUCCAUUUGGAAGUAACAGAAUAUGGCGGAAAGCAGCACAGCAAGAAUCUUAGCAGUCAAAUGGGAAAUUCAAAAGCGGCACGAGCAAAGAUCUUGGGACAGCUCGAGGUUUACGUGAAGCGCGGCAGCACAAUAUCAUUAGCGUGUGCCGUGAACAUUCAUGCGUCAUCAAUUGUGUGGUAUCAUGGACAACAAGUUGUUGACUUUGAUUCCGUGCGCGGCGGCAUUAGUUUAGAGACAGAGAAGACAGACGGCGGUACAACGAGUCGACUGUUGUUGACGCGUGCCCAGCUACGGGAUUCCGGGAAUUAUACGUGUGUGCCGACGGGAGCUGUGUCCGCAUCUGUGCAAGUUCACGUGUUAAAUGGUGAACAUCCGGCCGCUAUGCAAACAAGCAACGGUGUACCAUGUCCAUCGCACACCGCAUUACUCAUUUUCUGUUUGUUAACUUUGUACAAUAGUCGUUUAAAUUACUACAACAAUUCACUUUUUCAAGCCAUAUCACACAUGAUAACAUUUCCGAUCACAUCGACGGGCCGAGCAUUUUCAAGAUGAUUCCGAAUGUCAGCAACUGCGUCACCAAUGUACCAUUAAAAAUUGUACGUAUUGUAACAAAAAGACAUAUUAAAUGAACAUAAUAAUAAUAUUUAACGAAAAAUGAGAGGAUAACUGUAGCACACGUAAUAAUUCUGUUAUGAUAAACAACAGAGUGAGAGAAAAAAAAAAUUGUGAAAGAUGAUGAACGAACGAACAUUUUUUAUUAUUUAUUUAAACAGAGAGUGCAUGAAUGUGACAGAGACUCCGGUGUAAAUAAUCCCCCAUUUAUUACUGUUUUUAUUAAAAAUAUACAAAAAACAUCAACUUUAGUGAUAAUGAUAAUGGUGAACAAAAAAUCGUGUAAGAAAAUAAAUUUAAUAUCUGAUUAUUAUAGAAACAUGAAUAAAAAUAACAUUAUCUCAAAAUAUACAAUAAAAUACAAAAAAGACGUUAAAAAUAUUAAGAAUAUUUGCAGACAUAGGUAGACAACAACUUAACUCAAAUAUCAU